GCGGGGGCAUUGUCCGGCGCUGGGGCGCGGCGGGGCGGGCGGCGCGCGGGCUGCCCAGGCGCUGACGGGGCGGGCGGGGGCCGCGGCGGCGCCGCCAUCACCGUCGCCAUGGAGGAUGAAAUGCCCAAGACCCUAUAUGUGGGGAACCUUUCAAGAGAUGUGACUGAAGCUCUAAUCCUCCAGCUGUUCAGCCAGAUUGGACCAUGCAAAAACUGCAAAAUGAUAAUGGAUACAGCUGGAAAUGAUCCAUAUUGUUUUGUGGAAUUCUAUGAGCAUCGUCAUGCUGCUGCAGCACUCGCUGCUAUGAAUGGCCGGAAGAUAAUGGGUAAGGAGGUCAAAGUGAACUGGGCAACAACUCCCAGCAGCCAGAAGAAAGAUACCAGCAGUAGUACCGUUGUCAACACACUGCGUUCACAAGACCAUUUCCAUGUCUUUGUUGGAGACCUCAGCCCAGAAAUUACAACUGAAGAUAUAAAAGCAGCUUUUGCGCCAUUUGGAAGAAUAUCAGAUGCACGAGUGGUUAAGGAUAUGGCAACGGGAAAAUCUAAGGGAUACGGCUUUGUUUCCUUCUUCAAUAAAUGGGAUGCAGAGAACGCUAUUCAGCAGAUGGGUGGUCAGUGGCUUGGUGGAAGGCAAAUCAGAACGAACUGGGCUACAAGAAAACCUCCAGCUCCAAAGAGUACCUAUGAAUCAAAUACCAAACAAUUGUCUUACGAUGAUGUGGUCAAUCAGUCCAGUCCAAGCAACUGCACUGUGUACUGUGGAGGUGUUACCUCGGGACUGACAGAACAACUAAUGCGCCAGACCUUUUCUCCAUUUGGGCAGAUAAUGGAAAUUCGAGUCUUCCCAGAUAAAGGAUACUCCUUUGUACGGUUUAAUUCCCAUGAGAGUGCUGCACAUGCAAUUGUUUCUGUCAAUGGAACAACUAUAGAAGGCCACAUAGUGAAGUGCUACUGGGGCAAGGAAACACCAGACAUGAUCACUCCAGUCCAGCAGAAUCAGAUCGGAUAUCCACAAGCUUACGGGCAGUGGGGUCAGUGGUAUGGAAAUGCACAGAUCGGUCAGUACAUGCCGAACGGCUGGCAAGUCCCUGCUUAUGGAAUGUAUGGGCAAGCGUGGAAUCAGCAAGGAUUUAAUCAGACACAGUCUUCAGCCGCAUGGAUGGGAGCAAACUAUGGAGUCCAACCACCUCAAGGGCAAAACGGAAGCGUGAUAACUAAUCAAACUGGAUAUCGCGUGGCAGGUUUCGAAACGCAGUGAGAAAGAGACUCUGAAACCAAACACUGGUGGGCUUGAGGCUACAAGGAGCGUUGUAAAGCCUGUGUUUACCGAACAGAUUUACCAGAUCAAGUCAGUGCAAGUGUCAGAUACAAUGUAUUUAUUUAAGAAAAAAAGCAUUUUUAAUCAUGGAAACUAUCAUCCACAUUGUUUAGAAAAAAAAACCACAAAAAACUAGAUGCUGGAUGUCUGCCAACUUUUGCCUUCUUUUUCUCCUUUUGAUGUGUGUUUCUUAAGAUCCACAUCUGAAACACAGCAAAUGCAGGGACUACUGCCACUUAGGAUUGGGGCAGAAAAUUGCACAAUGUCAAACUUUUUUUCCUCUAAAGUAGUGAGCAGUUUUAGUUUGCAUUCCUAAUGAUUUAAAAUGUAUUAUAAGCAGUUGUACAAAAAAGCCAAAACCGUGUGAAUUCUGAAGAUGCUUUGUCUUCAGCCUUUGCACAAGUCUGUUUUAAAACAGCCUAUUGUAUAAAGCGUCCAUCUCUCCACUUUUGUUAUACCGGGUUUUCAACUAUAAAUUAUUAGUUUACAUCAUUUUGUAUCGAAACAUUUUUUCAGAGUUGUCUUUGCCUUAUGACAGUUACCUAAAUUAUCAUGAAACGGGGAAGCGUGGUCUUCAGUGCUAAAUUAUCUGCAAAACGCUCAGAUGGAUCUAACUUUAUUCACAUUGUGUUCUAUGUGAGAAGGUGCCUAGAGAAAUCCCUGUUGGACUUGCUCUAAAGGAUUUUUAUCUUUGCUGAAAAACUUUGUGAUGUGUACUGGGAAAUAUAAAAAAAAAUCCUGUUACAACUCUUACUAAAAUGUGACAAAUACUUAUGAACCAGCUUGUUUUUUAUCUUAUCAAUUUCUACAUUUACAUGUAUGGAUUAUGUAAAAUAUUUUAGCAAAUUAAUAUUUUGCACAAAAGUUAGCAAACUUUGUAUGUUUCCUUAUUUAAAGGUAGGAUGCGGAGUCCUUUGACAUGAUUUAUGCGUAAGAUUUUAAAUUUGUUUUUUGCAUGUGGAUAUCAAAUAUACACUUUGUUAGUUUUUGAAUACAAAGUCAUCUGCUCUUGUUUUUACGUACCUGUAAAAAGCCUCAAAGCUGUAUGUAGAAAACCAAUCCAUCUUGCUGUUUACUGUUAGUAAAUUUUACUCGGGUAGGGUAA